GAUGACAUAUUAGCUACUUAAAGUGAUGGUGGUUCAUUCACACAGGUGUGUGCGACUCUUAGAAUCAUAACUUAAAUGUGACAAGCACCGGAUAACAUCUGAUGCGUGAGCCCAAAGUGAAGCCAACACGUUUGUCCUCUGAGAAGAAAUUACGGUACAUUGGGAAUGGGCUCCAAUGGCCUCUUGGCCAGACUGACCUGCAGAGCAAAUCCCAAAUUUGCUGAAAGAUUAUAUGGGUAAUUCCAGGCAAAUGGCUGUCAACAAACACCCCUGAAGAUGAGUGCUUUUUUAAUUGUAAUAAAAAACCUAAGAAAUACAAUGUACGAGAGUCUUAAUGUCUGUGGGCGGCUCUAAGGAGCACUGCUCUGCCACUCUGCUCAGCUUCAAGUCGUUAUAAAGAAGUGAUUUUAGCUACCACCUUUUUCCUAAAAACGCCAGCCUACGUGCAGUGGCUGCACAAAAUAAGGAAGGAAGGAUUAUUGUGAGCAAAUGUUUUGGUACAACUGAAGCACUCCUCUUCAGGUGCUUGUUGACAGUGAUGUCAACGAACAGGAAACUUGUUUGCCGACUUCAAAUAAUGGGAUUUUCAGGCUGAAAAUAAUAUGAAGACAUAGGAUUUGAACAGAAAUAUUUUACAGGCCUUGGUUUUGGGACCCAUUCUUGAUAAAGACAAGAUGGCGCUGUGGCAGGAAGACUCUUCCAGUAUGCUGGAAGAUGAGCUGACAUGCCCUGUCUGCUUGGACCUGUUCCGUGACCCCCACCAGCUGCCCUGCGGCCACAACUUCUGCUUGCCGUGCCUGCAGCGCCUUCGUGGGGGUGGUGGCGGAAGUAGCCUAAGAGGCUCCCUCUCUUCAUCCUCCACCUCGUUUCUGCGAGCCCGUAUCCGCUGCCCCGAGUGCCGCCAGCAGCAACGCGGCUCAGCCGGCAUCCAGCGCAACUUCAAGCUGGCCAACAUCGCCGACGGCUACCGGCAGAGGAGGGACCAGCACGGGGCGGCCGCCCAGCAGGGCGCGUGUGCAAGCACGAGCGGUGGCGGCGACGGCGGGGCCGUUUCUGACGCUGUCAGCAGGAGCGCACGGCCAGGGCGCGCCAGCACCCCAAUGUACUGCGACUUCUGCCCGCAGCCCUCAGAUGCCUGCGCCGGUGGCUCCCGGGACGUGUGCCCGUCAGAUGGCCCGAGCAGCGUCUUUGUAUCUUCCACCUCCUCCCCACUUUCCUCCUCUUCCUCCUCCUCCUCUUCCUCCUCCCUCUCUCCCUCCUCCUCCUCCUCUUGCGCCACAGCUGGGCUAGCGGUCAAGAUGUGCCUGAAGUGCGAGGUCUCCAUGUGCGUGGAGCACCUGCGACCGCACCUGGAGCUGCCGGCCUUCCGCGGGCACACGCUGGUGGAGCCGCACGGCGACUUGCGCAUCCGCCGAUGCCCGCAGCACGAGGAGGCCUUCCGCUACUACUGCAUGGAGGAGCACGUGUGCUUGUGCAGCUCCUGCAUCAUCAUCGGCGAGCACAGCGGCCACACCAUCAAGACCCUCAAGGACGCCAUGAAGGACAUGAAGUUCUCGUUACAAAAGCAACUCCAAAGAGUGAGCAGGAAGAUUAGUAAAGUUGAAAAAACACUGCAGGACCACAAUGAUCAAGAACGGAAAAACAAGGCGUUCUUGGACGAUACGGACCAACGCGUGGCGAUGUUAGGGGACGUGUUGAGCGGGCAGGUGGCGGGGUUCUUGUCAGCUCUACGUGAGUGCACCUCGUCCCACUGCGGCAGCGCUGCUACCGGUAGUGCCACCCAGUCUGAAGUGCAGCAGACCCGUGGACGCAUCGCUCGCGACCAGGAGUACCUACUGGGCGUCCAGCGUAACCUCCAGGGCCUGAUGGACGAGAGUGACUCUUUCACCUUCCUCAAGGAGUAUCACACAACUGGGAAAAGGAUGCGGCGUCUCUUGAGGAGGCCGCUGUACACCCCGGACUUCUGCGGUGUGGACACAGAAGCACUCGCCAUGAGCAUGGAGAACAAGAUGGAGGACUUUCUGGUGUCCCUGCGGCAACACGGCAGUAACUUCAUCGACACCGUCUGUACAAUGCAUGAAGAGGAACAGGGGGAAGACUACCACAGUGAGAAUGACAAUGAAGACGAAGACAGUGAGGAUGAUCAUGAAGAGCAGAACAUCAGCGAUGAGGAAGAUGAUGAGUCCAGUACAGAGGAAGAGGAGGAGGAGGAAGAUGAUGGAAACCACAGUGGAUCAAUUGAUGGCUCCUACAGCCCAGAGGAAGAGGAAGAAGAAGAGGAGGAGGAGGAUAACGUCGAUGAGGAAGAGGCAGGCGACGAUUCUUCAUCUGAUUAACCUGGCCAUAUGUGUAAACCUAUCUUCAUGUCUGUUUACAUACAGAACAUGUGAUUACUAUGAUACACAAUUGAUGGCCAUAUUCUGUGUAUUGAAGGGGAAAAUUAGCAUUUAACAGGGUUCCUAAGUUUACUUUGAAAUCUGUUUAAAAUGUUCAUUGGUUAAUGAUUGUUAGGUAUUGACCCAUAAGAAAUGUAUCAGUAAAUGUAUGUUAAAUGAGACUAAUGAAGUUGCAGACUAUUGGCCAUGUUAUUCAUAUGCAUAAUAUGCAUUUUGCUCAUUUCAUAUAUUUGUCUUAAGGCUAAAAGUGGUAAACAUUGAAUAUUCUUUUUUUUUUUUUUGAUAAAUAUUGCAAUACCGCAUUUUUGAAAAUCUGGGGAUAAUUUUUUAUAUUAAUCUUUUAAAAUUAUAUUUUUUGUGAUUGCUGCUCUAUUGUUCUAUUAUCUAUUGUAAUAUGAUGGCACUUUUGUUAAAACACAGUAAUAAAGCAUAUAUUGUU